GUUUUGAAAUCAGUUAACGUUCGACAACGUCAGCGUGUAGACAGACGACACACCCACACACACAAACGCAUAAACACGCACAGCAGCUAGACUCGACACCACACACACACACACACAAGAACAGCAACAUUUUUGAGCAAGACUUUGGAAUAGCAGCAAACAUGUUGAUGCACGAGAAACUCUUAGCUGGGCAGUUCUUUGAUCUAAAGACUGAUCGCAAGCCGUUGCUGCAUCAUCAUCAUCAUUCCCAUCAUCUGCAGCAAUAUCAGCUGCCCCACAGCCAAUUGCAGCAAUCACACCACCUACACCACCAUCAACAGCAGCAGCAGCAUCACCAGCAACAGCAACAGCAACAGCAGCAACAAGCAUCGCAUCUGACUUUGCCCAAAAUGGAUCUGUAUGCCGCCUACGCCUAUCAGCAACAGUUGCUGGGCAGUGCAGCCGCCGCCGCAGCGCUCAGCCAGCAACAGCAACAGCAGCAGCAACAGCAACAGCAGCAAUCUAUUGCUGCUGCCGCUGAGGUGCUGGAUUUAUCGCGUCGCUGCGACAGCGUGGAGACGCCGCGCAAGACCCCAUCUCCGUAUCAGACCAACUACAGCUAUGGCAGCGGCUCACCUGCCGCCUCGCCCACAGCCAUUCCCAGCAAUCUGCUCUACUCCGCACAGGCAGCCGUCGCCCAGCAGCAGCAGCAGCAGCAGCAACAGCAACAGCAGCAGCAGCAGUUGGCUUCACUCUAUCCGGCCCUUUACUACGGCGGCAGCAUCAAGCAGGAGCCGAAUGCCGUCGAAGCUGUGGCCAAGUCCGGCAGCAAUGCCACCGCCAGCCUAUUGCAAACCUUUGCCGCCGCCUCGGCUGCAGCGGCCGCUGCUGCUGCCGUCUCGGCUAGCGCAGUGGAGCACUCGCCACGCCCGGCCAGCAAUGCCAGCACCAUGCAAAUCGAUGUCCUGGAGGCGCCUCAGUCGCCGCCUGCUUCAACCAGCGAUAGCCAGCUGCAUGGCAGCAGCAGCAGCACUGCCACCCACACGACACCCACCAGCAGCACCACAGCACCACUGUCCAUCGCCGGUGGCGUGGAUGGCAGCAAGAAUACGCGCCCGUUCAAGGCCUUUCCCCGUGAUCCGCUCGUGAUCGCGGCCAAUUUCGCUGCCACGGAUGUGUUGCUGGAUAAUCCACGUGUGGAGCGCUAUACCGAAUACCGUAAGCGCGUCCUGGAGCAAAUUCGCAGCUCCAAUGGCGGCUCUCGCACGGUGACCAAUCCGAAAAUGCGACGCACCAACUCGCGCAGCGGCAGCGUCAAUGAGGGCAGCAGCUCCAACAACAACAGCGAAAGCGAGGAUCGUGCCGCCGCCGAGGAGUCCAGCGACUGCGAUUCCCAUGCCGGCAACUUCGAGAAGCUAUCGGCCCCAGCAACAGGCGCUGGAGCUGGAGCUGGAGCAGCAGCAGCAGCAGCCGCUGCAGCCGGCACACUCAGCGGCAGCGGCAGCCAGGUGAAGGACGCGGCCUACUAUGAGCGUCGGCGCAAGAACAAUGCAGCGGCCAAGAAGUCCCGUGAUCGUCGUCGCAUCAAGGAGGACGAGAUCGCCAUUCGGGCUGCCUAUCUGGAGCGUCAGAAUAUCGAGCUGUUGUGCCAGAUCGAUGCGCUGAAGGCUCAGCUGGCCGCCUUUACCGCCAAAGUAACGGUUUAGGCAGCAAUAGCCAGAUCGCUGUUAUCGAUAACCCGAAUCGAUUGCCAGAUUGCCAGCUGCUUGUUGCGUUGAACGCGUUCGAGUCUCAGUUCCGUUUGGUUUCCACAAUUCGAUUUCAGCAUGUUUUUUUUUUUUUUUAAUCUCAAGGAGGGGCAGCUUAUCUGUGAAUACUUUCAUACUGUUUCUUCUAUGCCACUUUGAAGCCACACUCACUGCUUCUAAUUCGUACAGUCUGCGGUUUUUCUAUAUUUAAGUGCAUUACUAUUAUUUUUUUUUCGUCUCAAGUAUUUUAAGUACUUUAAGUUCUAGGGCUUUUAGCGCAAAAUCUCACCAGUUAAUUAAUAUAGACAACUAAUUAUCAUAUUGUAUAGUACAAGAAUAAUUUCUAAGCAACACUUUUUUUUCAUAUCUCUAAGCAAUACAAAUAAAUUAAAAAAAAAAAAAA